AUGCCGCUCGAAUCGACGAUGAUUUGCUUAGACAACUCGGAGUGGAUGCGAAAUGGCGACUACAUUCCCUCGCGUCUGGAAGCACAGCACGACGCUGCCAACCUUCUAUGUGGAACAAAGACACAGGCCAAUCCAGAAAGUACUGUGGGUGUACUUGCCAUGGCUGGAAAAAGUGUCCAGGUGCUAGCUUCACCUACAGACAAUAUGGGCACCCUGCUUAGCGCUAUCCAUGGCGUUAAGAUUGGUGGCUCUAUGAAGCUUUCCAACGCUAUCCAAGUUGCACAACUAGCCCUCAAACAUCGUCGUAAUAAGACCGGGGGACAACGUGUCGUUGUCUUUAUUGGAUCUCCGAUUGAAGAAGAUGAAAAACAGCUCACAAAAAUUGGCAAGCUACUAAAGAAGAAUAACAUUGCUGUAGAUGUGGUGAGCAUGGGCGAUAUGGACACCAACGCAUCCAAGCUACAGGCAUUUGUUGAUGCCGCUAGCAGCAAUAAUAACAGCCAUUUAGUCACGGUACCAGCGGGUGUAUUGCCCUCAGAUGUGCUGGUAUCUUCACCAGUACUACAUGGAGACGAUGGUGGUGCUGCUGCCGCUUCCAGCAGUGGUGGCGGUGGUAGCGACGCCUUCGCAGAGUACGGCGGUGUGGAUCCUAGCAUGGAUCCCGAACUGGCCCUGGCGCUUCGUGUGUCGAUGGAAGAGGAACUCCCAUCCCCAGCACUAACUUCUAAUUCGACUCCAGGCACGGACAAUUUGGCUGAACACGGACAAACUACACAAAAUCCAGCGUCGGCGAGUUCCUCGGCCACUACGUCAGGACCUCCGCCCGCCCCAGCAUCCAACUUACCUUUCAUGGACCCCAAAUUUGUCAAUUCUCUACUGUCAGGUCUACCGGGAGUAGAUCCAAAUGACCCAAAGAUUCAGGCUGCAAUGGCACAGAUGACAAAGAAAGACGAGAAGAAGGACAACGACGAGAAUAAGGAUGAUGACGAAAAGAAGGAAGACAAGUAA